AUGAGGAAUCGAAGUAAUUCAGGUAUCCGUUUGGAUUAUUACCAAAGAUUAGUGUAUAGAAGUAUAUUGAAAUACCAGAAUCCUGCUACAGGGUUAAUAUCUAGUGAAAACAGUACACAUGCCUGGGUUAGAGACAAUGUUUAUGCUAUUAUUGCUGUAUGGGGUUUGGCUAUGGCCUACAGGAAGACAGCGGAUUUAGAUGAAGAUCGAGCUAAAGCUUAUGAACUGGAACAGGCAAUUGUAAAGGCUAUGAGAGGAUUACUGAAAAGUAUGAUGGCACAAGUAGAUAAAUUAGAGAAAUUUAAAAAGACUCAGAGUCCCCGAGAUUCUCUUCAUGCUAAAUAUUGUAGUCGUACUGGUAAGACGGUAGUUGGUGAUUAUGAAUGGGGUCAUCUACAGAUUGAUGCUACAUCAUUGUAUCUGUUGACAUUAGCUCAAAUGACAGCUGCUGGUUUAGAAAUAAUAUAUACAUUAGAUGAAGUAGCUUUCAUACAGAACCUGGUAUUUUAUAUAGAAACAGCCUAUAGAACUCCAGAUUAUGGUAUUUGGGAACGAGGUGAUAAAACUAAUCAUGGCUUACCAGAAUUAAAUUCAAGUUCUAUUGGAAUGGCAAAGGCAGCACUAGAUGCUAUAAAUGAAUUAGAUUUAUUUGGUGCUAGAGGUGGAAUGGCAUCAGUAAUACAUGUGUUACCUGAUGAAGCUCAGCAAUGUCAGGCUAUAUUAGACUCCAUGUUACCUCGAGAGUCUUCUUCUAAAGAAAUAGAUUCAGCUUUAUUAACUGUUAUUAGCUACCCAGCAUUCGCUGUAGAUGAUGUUGAACUAAUAGAGGAAACUAGAAGAACUAUUAAAGAAAAACUUGAGGGUAAAUAUGGCUGUUCACGUUUUUUACGAGAUGGAUAUAAAACAGCGAAAGAAGAUCCUAGAAGAUUACACUAUGAACCCUGGGAGUUAUUGGUCUUUGAGAAAAUAGAAUGUCAAUGGCCAUUGUUUUUCACCUAUUUUAUAUUGGAUGGUUUGUUUAAUAAUGAUAAAGAAAUGGUUGAAUAUUACCGUAGUAAAUUAGAUGAAUUAAUAGUUAAAACUGAUGAUGGUGUACCAAUGAUUCCAGAACUAUAUUAUGUUCCUGCUGAUAAGGUUGAUGGUGAAUAUAAAAAACCUAACAGUCAGAAACGUGUUUAUGGUGGUAAAUUACCUCACAUGUGGUCCCAGUCUAUGUAUAUACUUGGUAGAAUGAUGUAUGAGGGUUUUCUAUCACCUGGUGAACUAGAUCCUCUCAAUAGAAGAUUAGUAGCUGAACCUAAACCAGAUAUAGUAGUUCAAGUGGUGAUAUUAGCAGAAGAUACAUUGAUAAGAGAUAAGUUAUUAUCACAAGGUAUUGAGGUUCAGACUAUAGGUGAUGUACAACCAAUACAGGUUUAUCCUGCCCGAAUAUUGAGUCAAAUCUACUCCUUAUUAGGUAAAAAUAAGAGACUAGGACUAACAGGAAGACCAUCUAGUGAAAUUGGCCUCCUAGCAACCAGUAAACUUUAUGUCCUUAAUGAUCAAAUAUUAGCCUUCAUACCACAGUUUAUGGAUCAACAACGAUUCUACGUAGCUCUUGAUACCAACUUUAUGUUGGAUUUUCUUCGUACUGAAGUUUCCUAUUUAAAAAGCAGCUGGAAGGGUCUGGGUCGCCCAACGCUCACUGUGACGGUAACUCAUGCACUAAUGGAUAAUCAUAACAACCCCCCAACAACAUUGAUAGCUACUAUUAAAAAAUUACAGAGUGGUUAUAUAGCUGGUACCAGAGUACAUCUGGGAAGUUUAGAGAAUUUUCUCACUACAUCUUGUGUUACCAAGUUAAGUUUUGUUAGAGAUCUAGAUGAUCCUUAUCAAGGUGAUGAACAAGUGGUGAGAUUUAUGGAUAAAUUGAUGAGUCCAACCUGUCCUAGGCCAAGAUUAUUAUCUAAAGCUAAGAAAGGUGUCAGUGGACGGUUACAGAGGAAGAAUUCAGUCCAUGGUAUUGUAAAAAGAUCCAGGUCUAUUCAAGUAGAUCCAGAGCAGGCUGCAGACCUCCAAGCUUAUCUAGUGAAGAAAAGGUUAUCGUCGACAUCAUCAGUAUUUUCUCCAGAAGGGACACCAUCUCAUAGUCCUGGAGUUUCACCUCAACCCCGUCGUAAACAUUAUACCAGCUUAACAGAGACUCAAAAUAACAACGAAAACAUCAAUGUUCAAGAAUUGGUAGAAAGUUUACAAAAUACUGAAAAUUUAAAUGAACAAGCUGAUAUUAUACAUUAUCUCUACAUGGCAAAAGGUAUAGAUUGGGAUACACAGAUUGGAAAUAGAGUUUGUACAGUGAAAGAACUCCUAAUUGAAUUAUAUGAAAAGGCUGGACAUUGGAAACAAUGGUGGUUAGUAAGACACACAGCUGGUAUGUUAAAAAAGAGAGUUGAAGAUUUAGCUCUGGCCGCUACAGAUUUAUUAGUUCGUCAAAAACAACUGUCAGUUGGUCUUCCUCCAGAUAGAGAACGAAUUAUAACAAGACCACUACCACCUGAUGAAUUAGCUUCCAUUAUUUAUGAUGCUUGUGGUGAAGAUACCAGUACAGCUUCCUUGACACAGGAACUGUUGAUUUAUUUAGCUAUGUAUAUUAGAACAGAACCUAAAUUAUUUAAUGAAAUGUUGAGAUUAAGAGUUGGUUUAAUAAUACAAGUCAUGGCUUCAGAAUUAUCUCGUACUCUUAAAUGUUCAGGUGACGAUGCCUCAGAUCAUUUGUUAAAUCUUAGUCCAUUUGAGAUGAAGACAUUAUUACAUCAUAUAUUGAGUGGUAAAGAAUUCAUCAUUAACAGUGUGUGUCAUGGUAUAUCAAUAAAAGGUCAACUAUUACAGAGCAGUUUAACACAAGAGAUGACAUCAGGAGAGUUUAAGUUUGCUCUACAAGUAGAAAUGGUAUUAAAUAAAAUACCACAACCUGAAUAUCGUCAGUUAAUGGUGGAAGCUCUAAUGGUCCUCACUUUAUUAGUAGAAAAUGAUAAUUCUAAAAUAGAUUUAAAUCAUAUUAUUGAAGUUGAUAAAAUUGUUCAUGAGGCCAAUGCUAUAUUUCUGGCUGAUCAGGUAAAAUAUUUGCUACUUACCGGCAAAGGUGCAGCCAAUAUUAAUCAACAUUUCUAUGACAGUGCUCCUAGUGGUAGAUUUGGUACCAUGUCUUAUUUAUGUCGAGCUCUAGGGAAAAUGUUAAAACUGCCUAUUAGUCAAGAGGGUAAUAUGGAAUGUACAUUGUCAUAG